AUGAAGACGCAGGCACAUUGCCGGAAUACUGGCAAAUGCGCUUACAUCAACGAACUUGACAAGCGCCACAUUCAUCUAGGAACUUUUGACAACACGAGAGACAAUGGGCCGUUGGUUAUCACAGUGCGCAAGAGCAAACUCGAGAAACGUUUGGUAUACGCCGUUACCGCGCUUAGCAAGGUGCUUACUGGUAACUUCUGGAUGAGCAUUGGAAUCAUGAACUCUAAAGAACACCAGAAGGCUGAUGGACAGCAUCAAAAAUACUUCAAUGGAAUCUUGACCAAAGAGUUCAUGGAGCGCACCUUGAGGUUCGGACAGUCUGCUCACGGCAUCGAAACGCUUUCGUUCGUACCCAGCAACAUUAAGUACACUGUUGAAGAUCUUAAGCGGCUAAAAGGCUACCCGGAUGGUGCUCCUUCUGGUAUAACGCCAAGCGGCGAGGCCGUCGAACACGAGUUCAAGAUUCCAGAAGUUGAUGGUCCUGAAAUGUCGAAGGGAAGCAUCAUAAUAAACCCUGAGGUUGACGCAGGCAAUUACUAUUUGGAGUUUGCAUACGGCAACCCAGACAAGGGUCCUAAGAUGGUUUGCUUCAAGGAGGUGAUCGUGAAGGUGGUCCCGUACUAA